CUCUUCCUCGGACUUCCAGAAUGAUCAGCCAUGUCUAGAUGCUUGAGAAGCUUCUAUAAAAGGUUGACUUGGUUCACUGAAAAGCUCUCAUCUCUUCUCUAUCAUCAUAAUCACUUCGUACUUACUCACAUUACUCAAGAAACAACACAAUUCCUAAUUCAAACCUCACCUCCUCCCAAAAAUGUACGCCUCCAAGAUCUUCCUCGGCCUCAUCGCCACCGUCUCGGCCAUCGACAUCUACGGCUACCGCAGCAACGAAAAGUGCAGCGGCGGUGACUACGUCGUCUGCACAAACGCCAACCCGGACAACUGCUGCGUCCGCGCCUCUGGCGACGUCUUCCGCAGCAUCGGCUUCCGCGCCAUCCCGACCAACUGGAGAAUCAUCGGCCGUGCCUUCAGCGGCGGCGACUGCAAGAACAUCAAAUACGUCGCCCAGUCCAACGGCGCGGCGAACGUCUGCUGCGGCGGGAGCAACUACUCUGGCGGCAACUAUGGGUUCGCUACCAAGAAGCGUGAUGAGGGCGCCGCUGAGGAUGGGACCUGCGCCGCUUCUGCCGGGGGCUGCACUUCCGUUGCGAAGGGCGACUUGAUGGUCUUUGAGAACGGACCCAAGUAUAACAUGACUGGUCUUGAUGAUGCUCUUUACACUGAACUGUAUUUCUAUCUGGGAGAACGGCGGAAGCUCGGAUGAGAUCCCGGCUAAGUUCGAUGCCUACAAGUUUGAGUAGAAUCUCAAUCAAGGGGUUGGUCAGGACUCAGGUCAGGAGAGGCGUCCAGGCGGUAACCCACUCAUCUCCCCGGUCUCACCAAGACCACGUCAUGAUCAUCUACCCCCGUCAUAAUUUUCUUCACAU